AUGCUAUUACUAAACUGGUCCCCAAAGAGGGGUCUCAAAUACUAUCUAGGCACAGCCUGUGAAGCCCCUAUCUUGAGCUCCUCCGACAAAGCAUCGAUCCUGGCCAUCCUCCAGGUCCUCAGCGAUCUGCUUUCUGUUGGCACAGACCGGAGGAUUCACUACAUGAUCAACAAAGGUGGCAGCGAAGCCCUUCUGCAGACUCUGGUGGACACAGCAAGAUCAGCAUCUCCUGACUAUGACAUCCUCCUGCCUCUCUUCAGGCUGAUGGCCAAAGUUGGCCUAAGAGAUAAGAAGUUUGGACAGAAGGCACUGGAAUUAGAAGCACUUGAUGUGACCUUGAUUCUGGCCAGGAAGAACCUGUCUCAUAGCCAGAACCUCCUGCACUGUCUCUGGGCACUGCGAGUGUUUGCCUCCAGUGUAACCACAGGAGCCAUGCUGGGAAUUAAUGGAGCCAUGGAACUUCUCUUCAAGGUCAUUCCUCCUUACACCCGAAAGCACACAAGGACAAUCAGGGCAGCCACUGAAGUUCUGGCAGCAUUGCUGAAAUCCAAGUCUAACAGCCGCAGGGCAGUGAACAGAGGCUAUGUCACCAGCUUACUCAGGCUGCAUCAGGACUGGCACAGCCACGACGUGACCAACACCUACGUGCUGAUCCGCCACGGGCUCCUGCUCUGUCUCAGACACAUUGUCACCCUCCGGUCUGGCAGGGAGGCCUUUCUGGCAGUCCAAGGCUUGGAAACUCUCUUCAGCAUUGCACAGACCUGCCUAGACAACAAGAGUGUGGAACCUGUCAUCUCUGUGGCACUUCAGAUCCUCAGGCAAUGCUAUCCCGAGAGUCCACUUCCCCUGCUCACAGCCAGUAGUGCCUACACCUUCUCAGCUCCUGGAAGCCCCAGCUCAGAGCCGCCACAAGCUCUAACUGAAGAAGGCUUUGAAGAUGAUGGUGAGGAGGAGAUGGACAAAGACUCCGACGUGGAGGCUGUGAAAGAAGAUGAUGACUUGGAAACGGAUAUGAACAAACUGAGUUCUAAACCUGAUCUUGACCGACCUGAGGAGGAGCUGGCACAGUAUGAUGCUCUCUGUCCUGAACUCUCCUGUAGCUUUGACGAACUAGAACCCAAAUAUGGAGAUGAUUUGAACCUCAAAGACACCCCAUGUGCCAAUCACUAUCACAUUCCAAAUGCUGCCACUCUAAGACAACAGUGCCUCAACAGGGAUCACAGCUCCUGGGGACGAGAAGGAGAAGACACAAUCCACAGUUCCAUUGUGGAUAUGGUGAAGACAAGGAAGUCCAGUAUACAGCUGUCCUCAAAACAAAGACCUAUAUCGAAUGUCAACCAAAGUAUACGACAAAAUGGCUUGGAGACAGUGUCUGUUGGACACGAUACCUCUGAUGUCCAUGCUUCCCUAGAAGAGGCUGCUUGGGACAUAGAAUCAAUUUCCUGCCCAAGGAUAACUUCCUCAUUUUCCAACUCCACUAAGCCAGAAGAAAGCAGUGAAGUGGCCGAGAAGCUUCUGCACACACAUCCCAAGCACAUACCUUUCCACGAUCCGCAUCUUUAUAUGGUGAAUGCUGUGAGGACCAGAUCAGCUGUGGGAUUUGAGACGAUGGCAUUUCCUGAUUUCUGGGGUCAUUGUCCACCUCCCACUGCUCAGCCCAUGCUGGAUCGCAAAAGGGGAGUACAGAGGAUCAAGAUACUUGAGGAUAUCCAGAGGCUCCUCCAGCCCAGGGAUGUUGUAAAUAAAGUCGUCUUCAGUUUAGAUGAGCCUGGGCCUUCACAAGGUUCUGUUUCUGACUGCUUAAGAUUCCACUCCAAGUUUGAAUCAGGAAAUCUUCGCAAAGCCAUCCAAGUGCGAGAGUUCGAGUAUGACUUGUUGGUCAACGCUGACGUAAACAGCUCCCAGCACCAGCAGUGGUUCUACUUCAAGGUGAGCGGCAUGAAGGCUGCGGUCCCUUACCGCUUCAACGUCAUCAACUGUGAGAAACCCAACAGCCAGUUCAACUAUGGGAUGCAGCCGACCCUGUACUCUGUGAAAGAGGCUCUUCUUGGCCGACCUGCCUGGAUACGGACAGGCUCUGAAAUUUGCUACUACAAAAACCACUACCGUCCAAAUGCAGCUGCUGUGGAUGGAGCAUCCGGGAAGCGCUAUUACACCCUCACCUUCACUGUCACCUUUCCCCACAAUGAGGACGCCUGCUACCUGGCCUAUCACUAUCCCUACACCUACUCCACCCUCAUGACUCACCUUCAAAUUCUGGAGAGAAGCAUUGAUCCCAGGCAAGUCUACUUCCGUCAAGCUAGUCUCUGUCAGACGCUGGGAGGGAAUCCAUGUCCGUUGGUGACUAUCACUGCCUUUCCUGAAUCUAACAGUGCCAAGCAUCUGGAGCAGUUCCGCUGUCGUCCAUAUCAGGUGAUCACAGCCCGAGUUCACCCAGGAGAAAGCAAUGGCAGCUGGGUGAUGAAGGGGACCUUGGAGUUUCUAGUCAGCAGUGACCCUGUGGCAAAGCUCUUGAGGGAAAACUUCGUGUUCAAGAUCAUCCCUAUGCUCAACCCAGAUGGUGUCAUCAACGGCAAUCACAGAUGCUCACUGAGGGGUGAGGACCUCAACAGACAGUGGCUCCUUCCCCAAGCUCAUCUCCAGCCAACCAUCUACCACGCCAAAGGUCUUCUCCACUACCUGAGCAGUAUUGGCCGGGGGCCUGUGGUCUUCUGUGACUUCCAUGGUCACUCCCAAAAGAAGAAUGUAUUCCUUUAUGGUUGCAGCAUGAAGGAAACUUUGUGGCAAGCAGGCUGCACUGUGGAUGGCCCUGCCCUCGUCGAGGAUGUCAGCUACAGGAUGCUUCCUAAAAUCCUGGACAAGCUAGCACCAGCAUUCACCAUGAACAGCUGCAGUUUUCUGGUGGAAAAAUCACGAGCCUCCACUGCCCGGGUCGUGGUGUGGAGAGAGAUGGGAGUUUCCAGAAGCUACACCAUGGAGAGCAGCUAUUGUGGCUGCAACCAGGGCCCCUAUCAGGGUCUACAGUUCGGUACCAGUGAACUGGAAGAGAUGGGAGCCAUGUUCUGCUUGGGCCUUUUCGUCUUGGAACUCAAAUCUGCAAGCUGUAGCCAUGAGCUCUUGGCACGAGCUACAACUCUGCUGAAUGCGGAUGUUCUGGACCACUACCUCCAGCGGGGCAGUAGCAGCAGCAGCAGCAACAGCAGCAGAUCCUCUGAGGUUGAUGAUGAACCAUCCUGCUUGGAAGAAAUCGACUACACUGCAGAUAGCAGCUCAGACCCAGAGCACAGCUUCGCUGAGCUGGAUCGGCAGAUACAGGAGUGUGCCUUUAACAAGGAUGAAGAAGAGGAAAAAGAGGAAGGCACAGGGUGGAGAAGAAGAUCUGUUCCCCAGUCCUAA